GCAUGAUUUAAUCAAUAUCACCGUCUCGGAAACAGAGGAAGCUGGUAUACAUUUUCUCGACGAUGAAGCGGCACAUUUCCCUUCCUUCCUUUGUGCACAAUAGUCAUUCGUUUCGACUCGCUUUCUAGAGCCUUCAGCCGCAGUGUUACCUUAUCACGGUGUCAACUCAUCCUCAACAUUUGAUUUCAACAAAUAACUCAACCUCUCUUCGUCCGACUAUACAGGCUCACAUAGGACUUCCAUUGCCAUCGCCCGCUGAUGCUUCAAUCCUGAAAUAUUAUUCCCUGGACGGAACAGAAGUUCAUAGCGAAAGACCGGACCAGCACAUGUCGGACAACUCUGAUAGCGAAGGCGGCCUUGUUGGGGAGCUUCUUGCCAGGUUCAAGAGCGGCCCUGCUGUUCGCACCUCGGAAGCGCCUCAAGAUGGAAGUGCCUUGAAAGAGUCUGGAGUGCCAGAAAUUGAGGCAUCUGAGGAUGAUUUCCCACCUCAGCAAGAUUCACCAGAACGCAACCUAAUCCAAGAAAGCCCAUUAGAGCCUCGGCUACCGCGGCCUGUCGUUGAGGUUCCACUUGCCCCCAGCAGUGUUAUCGAGGACUGCGAAUACCUACCUGGACACUUUGAGGCUCUCUACAUUAUCAGCGAGGAGGUUUCUGAGACAGAGGGCGGGCUUCUGUAUCGGAUUAGGCUGAAAAGUGGCGAGAUUCUAAAGGCUUCAUCCGAGCAGCUUGAAACUCUCAAUAAUGGACGACAAGCCCUAACGAAUUUCUUCCAAUACGGUCCCAAUGAAUCAGCCUCAUCUCAAUCCCCCGACACAUCGGAAGAAGACUCGGACUUGUCCGACGCAAGAAAGCGGACCAGGAGAAGCACCCAGCGGUCUACCCGGGCUAAAAACACUGGAUUCACAGCUUUCUUCGGAAACUUGAGUAGCGAUGACGAGAUAGGCCAUCCACGACGAGGAGGCUAUUCUUCCAGUGAAGAUAUUAUCGCAUCAUCUGGUACAACAACAAGAAGGCGUCGCAUGUUACGAGCUCGAAAGAGCAAGUCGCGCUCAGAGAUCUUGCUAUCGGACGAAGAAAACAGCCGCCGGAGUACCCCAGCAGGCACGCGUCAGUCGACAAGGACUCGAAAGGCCUUGCGGAAGAACCUGCGCGAACGGAAUGAGGACGAAAUCUCCGAGAAUGAGAACACACCGAAAAAUCAUGAAAAGUACUUCGGUGCCAAAGAGAGGUUUCAGAAGAUACCAGAAAAUGAUCCUUUCCGAGAAAGACACCGCGGCGCUUGCACGAGAUGUCAUGUUAUCGGAGACGAUCAUGCGAAAGGACCUCUCGUAUUCUGCCAGGGAUGUACCAGCAGUUUCCACCAUUCAUGCCUGGGUCCCCGGGCUGCCCGAGACCAUCUAGUUACUAAAGUCACCGAAGAUUUGUUUGUCCUUCAAUGCCGCAACUGCUUGGGAGUUGCUCAUUCAAAAGACCCAAUUGUACCUCAUCAGGGUCAUUGUGCUAUCUGCAAUCGCGAAGGGAACAUGUCAAGGCCACUGCGGGAUCGUCUAACGCCGAAGCAGGAACAACAGUCUCGGCAGCAGAACGGUGGGAAGGAUCCUAUAACUUUCAUCGAUAUGUCGCGGGUCAAUAAUGUGGCUAAUUUACUAUUCCGUUGCACUACUUGCCAUCGAGCCUUCCACUUCGAGCAUCUAUCUGACGUCGCUCAUCUUACGUGGCAUUGCCAGGACUGUGCUUCAGUCCCGGGAGAAGUCGGUGCUAUAGUUGCCUGGCGACCAGUCGACCCAAAGGCGAAAUUUGCAAAAGAAGCGGAGCGGGAGUAUCUUAUCAAAUGGAAAAACCAAUCCUACGGCCACGCGACCUGGAUGCCUGGAAGCUGGGUAUGGGGCUUUGUUAACCAUAUCAUGCGUCGGGCCUUUCUCAAGAAGAACCUCGCACCGCAAAGGACUAUCGAAGAAGCUGUUCCAGAUGAUUAUUUACGGAUCGAUAUCAUCUUCGACGUUCGCUAUUCUAGCUCAUCGCCGCCUGGAGAAAGCAAGCAGCGGUCGUACGAAGCAGACCUGGAGCGGAUUUACAAUGUGUCUCAGGUAUAUGUCAAAUUCAAAGGCCUUCCGUAUGAGGAGGUGGUCUGGGAUACACCUCCUGAUCGGAAUGAUGUGGAGAGAUGGGAGGACUUCAAAGCUGCUUUUGCGGACUGGGUCAAACGGGAAUAUGUCCGUCAGCCGAACCAAGAAACCUUGAGAAGACAUCUCGCCAAGAAGAGAAAAAAGAACUUCCAGACUGAUCUGGUCAAAGACCAUCAGCCCACCAUUAUGACGGGUGGAGAGAUGAUGGACUACCAACACGAUGGUGUCAAUUGGCUCUACUACAUGUGGUUCAAACAGCAAAACGCCAUUCUUGCCGAUGAGAUGGGUCUUGGAAAGACGAUUCAAGUCAUUGGCUUCAUGGCUACCCUGAUUCAGUACCACAGAUGCUGGCCUUUCCUGGUGGUGGUGCCUAAUUCCACCUGUCCCAACUGGCGCAAAGAAAUCAAGUCAUGGGUUCCUUCAAUGCGGGUUGUGACAUACUACGGGUCUGCAUUUUCUCGCAAUCUUGCCAAAGAGUAUGAGAUGUAUGCUGAUGACGAUCCUACUCUCCGGUGCCACGUCGUCGUGACUUCGUAUGAGACGAUGGUUGAUGAUGCAUCCCGCAGAUCCCUGGCAAAGAUUCCCUGGGCUGGGUUGAUUGUUGACGAAGGCCAACGGCUCAAGAACGACAAGAGCCAACUUUAUGAAGCACUGUCGCGAAUCAGAUUCCCGUUCAAGUUGCUUUUGACGGGCACUCCGCUACAAAAUAACAUCCGAGAACUAUUCAAUUUACUUCAGUUUUGCGACCCGUCAAAGAAGGCCUUUGACCUCGAACAAGAGUACGGCACGCUUUCACAGGAGAAUAUUACGAAGCUGCAUGAAAUGCUACGGCCUUUCUUCCUGCGACGGACAAAAGCGCAAGUGCUCACAUUUCUUCCUCCAGUUGCCCAGAUUAUUGUUCCGGUCUCGAUGUCUGUGGUACAGAAGAAACUAUACAAAUCUAUCCUUGCCAAAAACCCUCAAUUGAUCAAGGCUAUAUUUCAGCGCAAUGGGGCCAAGGCUUUGAAACAGGCCGAAAGACAUAACCUGAACAAUAUUCUCAUGCAAUUGCGCAAAUGUCUGUGUCAUCCAUUCGUCUAUAGCAGAGCCAUCGAGGAAAGAACUGCUGAUAGGAUGAAAUCCCAUCGGCACUUGGUGGAUGCAGCUGGUAAACUUCAAUUGUUGGAACUGAUGCUCCCAAAACUCAAGGAUCGUGGCCAUAGGGUCCUCAUUUUCAGUCAGUUUCUCGAAAAUCUCGACAUAAUCGAGGAUUUCCUCGACGGAAUGGGUUUACCACAUCUUCGCCUCGAUGGUAGAAUGAAUUCGCUCGAGAAGCAGAAGACUAUCGACGAUUACAACGCGCAAGAUUCGCCCUACUUCGCCUUUCUUCUCUCGACUCGGUCUGGUGGAGUCGGGAUCAACCUGGCUACUGCAGAUACUGUGAUCAUUAUGGACCCGGACUUCAACCCCCAUCAAGACAUGCAGGCGUUGUCACGUGCUCAUCGGAUAGGGCAAACGAACAAGGUUCUUGUCUUCCAGCUUAUGACCCGGAGCAGUGCCGAAGAGAAGAUCAUGCAAAUAGGCAAGAAGAAGAUGGUCCUAGACCAUGUUCUUAUUGACCGCAUGGUGGCGGAGGAAGAUGACGGGCAAGAUCUUGAGUCUGUCCUCCGUCAUGGAGCUCAGGCCUUGUUUGAUGACGAUGACUCUGGCGAUGUACAAUAUGACUCUGAGUCUGUCGACAAGCUCCUUGAUCGCAGUCAAGCCGAACAAGCCAAGGCGCCGGUUGAAGGUGACCCGGAGUCUCAAUUCAGCUUUGCUCGGGUGUGGGCAAACGAUAACCAGAAUCUGGAGGAUCGCCUACAGGAGAUGACUGAGCAGACUGAGCAGGCGGUACCCAAUGCUGACAUCUGGGACAACAUUCUGCGCGAGCGAGAACAAGCUGCAGCUGAGGAAGCCACGCGAAAAGCGGAGACAUUUGGCCGUGGAAAGAGGAAGCGUACCAAUGUUGAUUAUGGCAAAACUACCAGGGAAUCGUCCCCCGUCGAUGAUCAUAUAAUGCGGCUGGCAGACAGCGACGGGGAGUACCAGGCAGAAGACGCCGUUAACUCCGAUUCCGACUUGGCCCCUGAGCUAGACCGUGAGGAACUGGCGAUCAUCCCCAAAAGGACUAAAGUUCGGGAAUUCGAAAGAAUUGCUCCCAUCAACUUGCCGCUGGCCAUGGAUGGCAGUGCGGAACCUGACCAAACUCAGCAACCAACUUGUAUCGCAUGCAAGCAGGCUCAUCCUGUUGGUUCUUGUCGCUUGAGGUUGGCUGGUGUUGAGCAUUGUCCUCUAUGUGGUCUUGCCCACUACGGUUAUUCGCGCACAUGCCCGCACCUGAAGUCUGAUGCACAAGUCGCCAGGAUGCUGGACGCUAUAAAGCAUAGUACUGAAGACAAGGAGCUCGUUCUCCUAGCGAAAAAGUAUUUGACUGGUAUUCGUGGCAACCUUGCACAUCGCAAGAGAAAGGAGGCCAGUAAGGCUGCAGCAAGCGGUGCGACUCUUCCUGCCUCCACCUCUAUUGCAACCAGCUCCUCCGUUAUCGACCUCACUACUGAACAUCGUAUGCAGCCACCUGGUCCAGCAUUGAUGAAUCCUGUACAGUCUUUCCCCUCAUCUACUCAGAUACCUCAACACCAUCCUACCAACAGGGUGUAGAGUGUACUUGAAACAGCACGUGACGGUGGUGAUUUUGUUAUUUUGUUCUCUUUCCAUAGAGAUUGAUUCAGCGUUAGUUGGCUCAAGGGUCUCGGAGUUUGUGAUAUCAUAGCAUUGGCAGGAGUUGC